UCACACCCUGGGUUAUAAGUCUGGACAGCUCACCCUCUGAUUCAUUCAGACCUCACUGAUAAACAACAGCAGGAUCAGACAGCAUCAGGAUGUGCUCAGAGCAAGAGUGUGGCAUUUGUUACCGGACCUACAACGCAGGUCGUCGGUGUCCCCGGCAGCUCCAGUGCAAACACAGCUUCUGUGAGAGCUGCCUCCGGGCUCUCUCUCGGGGACCCGCCGAGGAGCUCCGUCUGGAGGGCGACAGACUCAUCAUCUGCCCGCUGUGCCGACACACCACCUCCAUCUCCGGAGAGGAGAAGGUGAGAGCCGAGCUCAGGGUGGAUGAGAGCAUCCUGGAGCGGCUCAUAACUUCAGGAGUCCUCGACCAAGAAGAGGAGGAGGACCCGGAGGAAGACGUUCUGUGUGACACCGCCCAGGAGAUUCCGGUGACUCCAGCCGAGGAGAGCGACUUCUCCCCGGCGUCCAGAGGUGGGAGGGUCCGGCGGUCCUGGAGGAAAGUUUGCCGGUUGAUAAGUGGGAAGAGCGAACAGCCGAGAGUUGGAGAAAAUUAUAUGACCAAUGAAGACCUGAGGAGCUUCGCCAUGAUGUCCUGCUACAUGUUUUAAGACAUCUGUCUGAAAUGUCAGAUACCCUGGAUAAUGUGAUACUGUAUUUAUUCUCAAUGGUUCUCCGUUGCAACAUAGACUUGUGAUGAUGAUGAUGACGACGAUGAUGACGACGAUGAUGAUGAUGACGAUGAUGAUGAGAUGAUGAUGAAACCUUGCUGGAUUUAAGUCAGCUUUCUGAUUGUUUGUUUAAAUGGUGACCACUAUGUAGCACUCAAAUGAGGAAAAGUGGCCCCUUUAUAGGCCUAUUAAUGCACUAAUGUAUAUGAUAUUUAUUCUUUUUAUUAAUGUAUUUUAUUUUGAAAUAUUGUUACAUAUUUAAGGAAAAAUAAAUGAGCACUGGUUUCAACUCAC